AUGGAAGAAAGGCUCAGAGUGUGCAAUAAAAACCCUCCACCUAGCAGCCUAGGAGGAGCAGAGAAAGAAGUUCACCAGCUACAAGAUAUGGCCCUGGAGCUUCCAAUUGGAGUCUGCCUCCUGUUCAAAGCAAUGACAGCGGCACUGACCGAAGAAGCAGAGGUGCCCACGAUCCCCGCAAGCACAGCACAGCAGAGCAACUGGACAGCUAACGACACGGAAGCUGACUACAUAGAAGGACCUGUAGCUUUGAAGUUCUCCCACCCUUGUCUGGAAGACCAUAAUAGUUACUGCAUUAACGGAGUGUGUGCAUUCCACCAUGAGCUGAAGAAAGCCAUUUGCAGAUGCUUCACUGGUUAUACGGGAGAAAGGUGUGAGCAUUUGACCCUAACCUCAUAUGCUGUGGAUUCUUAUGAAAAAUACAUUGCGAUUGGGAUUGGAGUCGGAUUGUUGAUGAGUGCUUUUCUUGCUGUCUUCUAUUGCUACGUAAGAAAAAGGUGUCUAAGUCUGAAAUCACCUUACACCAUCUGCUCCGCAGGGAGACCAUUGUGA